GGCAGAAAUUGUGCAAGAUAUAUUUAAUCAAUUGAAUUAUACAUUCUCAAUAGCUCCCAAUAGACUAGUUGGAAUAAAUUCCCGAGCUGAGAAGUUGAAGUCACUUUUAGCUAGAGAGCCAAAUGAUGUUCGCAUUAUAGGAAUUUGGGGUAUGGGAGGAAUGGGUAAAACAACUCUAGCAAGAGUUGUUUAUGAAAUGGUUUCCUAUCAAUUUCAAGCUUGUAGUUUUAUUCGUAAUAUUAGGGAGAAAUCUAAGAAGGAUGGUUUACCUAGGUUACAAAAAGAGCUUUUGGAAAAGGUUUUGAUGGGCAAAGAUAUGAAAAUACAAGAUGUUGAUGACGGAGUUCAUAUAAUCAAGAAUAGGUUACGUGAAAAAAAGAUUCUUCUUGUUCUUGAUGACGUAUAUAAUUCAUACCAAUUGGAGAAGUUAGCUGGGAAGAAUUGGUUUGGUCCAGGUAGUAGAGUUCUCAUAACAACAAGAAAUAGGAGUUUGUUGGAGGGACUUGAAGUAAAUGAAAUAUAUGAGAUUGAAGCAUUGAAUUAUAAUGAAGCUCUUCAACUUUUUAGUUUGAAAGCUUUUAAAAAAGACCAGCCUGACAUUGAUUAUGUGCAGCUAUCCCAAGCUUUUGUAUAUUAUUCUCAUGGCCUUCCUUUAGCCCUUGAGAUUUUGGGUUCCUCUUUGUUUAAAAAAAGAAAAGAUGCAUGGAAAAGUUUAUUAGACAAGCUAAAAAAAUAUCCUAAUGAAGAAAUUAGCAAUGUGCUUCAAUGGAGCUAUGAUGGACUAGAAGAAACAGAGAAGAAAAUUUUCUUGAAUAUUGCAUGUUUCUUUAAUCACAAGAAUCCAGAUACUAUCAAAGAAAUAUUAGAAUACCUUGAGCUUAUCCCUGAAAAUGGAUUCAGUGUUCUAAUUGAUAAAUCUAUCAUCAAAGUGUGUGAAAAUCAUUUGUGGAUGCAUGAUUUAUUACAAGAAAUGGGUUGGGAUAUAGUUCGAAAACAGUCCCCUGAAGACCCUGGGAAGCGUAGCAGAUUGUGGUUGUAUGAAGAUAUUGAUGAUGUGCUAACAAAUAACACUGGAACAGAUGAAGUUCAAGCCAUGGUCCUAGAGUUAUCCUCUACAGAAGAUGUGGAUUGGCAUCCUGAAGCCUUCUCAAAGAUGCAAAAUCUAAAAUUGCUCAUAAUUGAUAGCGUUCGCUUAAAGCAUGAUCUCAAACGUCUUCCUAAUAACUUAAGAUUUCUUGAUUGGAGGAAGUACUCUUCAAAAUCUUUGCCAUCAAGUUUUGAGUCAACUAAGCUUGUUAAACUUUGCAUGAAGUGCAGCUACAUCGAACGACUUUGGGAAGGAACAAAGUAUUUUAGGAAUUUGAAAUUCAUCGAUUUGAACAAGUCUCAAAAACUUAUUGAAACCCCAGACUUCAGCAAAGUCCCAGCUCUUGCAAAAUUGGAUCUUGAAGAUUGUACAAAUUUAUGUACAGUUCAUCCAUCAAUCAGCUUUCUUGAAAGCCUUAUUAUUCUUAAUCUAAAAGGUUGCAAAAACCUUAUAAAUCUUCCAGAAAAUUUUGCAAUGAAGUCUCUUGAUAUUCUCACCUUUUCUGGUUGCUCAAAAUUACGAAGAAUUCCAGAGUUUGGGGAAAACAUGGAACGUGUAUCAGAGCUUUACUUGGAUGGCACUGCCAUUACAAACUUACCCACAUCAAUUGGGAAUUUGACUGGUCUUGCUUCAUUGACUGUAAGAGAUUGCAAAAAUCUUAUGUCUCUUCCUCACACCUUUUUCAAUAUGAAGUCGCUUGAAAAUCUUGAUCUUUCUGGAUGCACAAAGCUUAAAGAACAACUGGAGAAGUUGGGGAUGGCUGAAAGUGUAGAGGAGCUUGAUGUUAGUGGACCUGAUACAACGCUUAUGCCUUCUCGCAAUGCUGUCUUCGAAUUUUUUUAUCUAAUUUUUCGUGCAUUAAUGCUGAGAAAUUUCUAUCCAAUGCAAUUGGUAUUGAAUUCUGUAUCAGGUUUGACUUCUUUGACCAAAUUGGAUCUAAGGGAUUGCAAUCUCAAUGUAGUCCCAAAUGGUAUCUGUUCUUUAUCCUCUUUAAAAUAUUUAGAUCUAAGUGGAAAUAAUUUUAAUUGCCUUCCGAAUAGCAUCGCUCGACUACCUCGUCUGAGAUUUUUGUGGGUGGAGAAGUGCACGAGUCUUCGAUCAUUGCCAAAGCUUCCAUUAAAUAUUGGUUAUAUUAAUGGAUAUGGUUGUACCUCACUGGAAACAGUACCAGAUGAUCUAUGGGAACCAAAUUCUUCAGUUGAGCGAAGACUCUAUCUUUCAAAUUGCAGUAAUCUGGCUAACAAUCAACUGAAUCAAGUCUUCAUGGACAUGUUUUUGGCAGGGAUAAGAAAACACUUUCAUGUCCCUCUCUCUGUUUUCCACUCUUUCUGUGUCUUCUUUCCCUCGUUCAGGUCCAAACAUCAGGUUUUAAAACUUCCCAGAUUUCCAGGUGAUGUUUUUGUUUACAUGCCUCAUAUAUAUGACAUUAUUAUUCCUGGAAGUGAAAUUCCGAAGUGGUUUAGCCAUAAAAGUAUGGGGAGGUUUCUGGAAAUAAAUGAAUCUUCUCAAUUGGGUAACGAGUUGGUGGGGAUUGCAGUUUGCGUUGUAUUUUGUUCUCGUCAGGGCACACUUUCCUGUUGGUUGAAAGCCAAUGGAAAAGAAAUGUCUUCUGCUCCAGGGAUUUGCAAUAUUGAUGCUCUAUCAGAUCAUACUUGGCUUCUUUAUUUGCAACCUAAAUUCUACCAUGAGAAAGAGAGAGAAUCAUUGAGAGAAUGUGAUGAGAAUGGAUGUAGUCAGUUUAGCAUUUCUAUUAUUGGUGCUGGUGUGAAGAAAUGUGGGUUGCGUAUGGUAUACAAAAGAGACAUAGAAGAUCUCAACCGAACUAUGUCUCAGAGUAGCAACAACAACAGCACUCCUGAGGGCUCGGUUGUUUUAAACGAUUUCACGGUGUUAGUGAAAAAUAAUAACAAACCCUUGACUGAAGGUUUGGAUGAUUUCACCUUGAUAGUGGAGAGUGAAGGGAUCACAGAACUUAUGACCCAGGGCUUAGCACUUGCUGCAAGUAAUGGACACCCGGCUUUCGCAACAACUUGUCCAGAAUUUCAAGAGUAUAAGGAGUGCAGGCACCCAACAAAUGAUUCGCAGGAAUCCAGUGAAGGACUGUUGGACUUGUUCAUGAGGAGAAACCGUCACAGUCCAUUGUAUGCUUCUGAUUUUUGCUCUAUCCAAUAGAUUGCAAGUACUCAGACUCAAGAAGUCAAGCAACUGUGUGGUUAGAAAAAUGUAGAAGGUUGCCUGCUUAGAAUGGACCUGGUUAGAGAUUGAUAUUCUGCUGAAGUUGCUGCUCAAUUUUUAGCCACCCCUAUCUCAAGGUGAGGAGCUACUGAUAAGCAGAUAUGGCCUCAAUGUAUGCACAAGUCUCUAAUGCACAACAGUCAUAUCAGAGUAACUGCAGGAAAGUACCAAGGGAAAAUUGUCCAGUUGUGGAGGGUUGUAGGUGUGGGCCGUGUGGCUGACUAUUGAGGGACACUAGCAGAGAUGGAGGGUGGUUGUGGUUAUAUAACCAAAUCCAGCGCUGACAGGCUGUUCUUGUUCUUCCAUAUGCAACCAAAUGGCAUGCAGCUAGAUUAGAUGCCCGGCUAUACAGCUUGGUUUUUGCAGACUUGUUUCAAUAAUUUCUAGUGGAGGACCACUUUUGAGAAAAAGGCUCCUUGGCAACCUGCUAUGAUGAUUGAAGACCUCAAGUGCAUAAAAUUUGGAGAACGCUAGUAGUUACAUAUGUUGUGCAUAAGAGAGUCGCAGCAGAUGUUGGGGCCCUGGCUACUCUUGCUUCAAAGUCUUAUAAACAUUUUUGGACUCCACUACGAGUCAACUCUUCUGACAUUAUGUAUCAAAAAACCAAACUUAAAAAAAGAAAGAAAGAAAGAAGUAGAAGAUGAAGAUGAAGAAGUUAUCUUUACACCUUUAUGGUGUAUUUAUGCCUGUGGCACAUGUCUGCAUGCAAUCAUUAAAAGUGACAAUUCCUUUUCCUCUGCAAUUUAUUAGUUAUAUUUUUCUUUUCUUUUCUUUCUUCUUUUCCUCCCAUCAUCUUCUUUACAGACAUUUAGGAGUUUAGUAGAAUAUAUAUAAUGUCAAGUUUGAAUGGAAA